UAAGGUAUAAGUUAAUCGAAUAUUUUUAAAAGAUCAAUUCAAGUUAUUUCUUAAAGAAAAAGUACUAAUACGUUAGUAUAGCCUUUUUUAUAAGCAAUUUUUUAUCAUAAAAUUGCCAUAAUAUUGUUCAUGAAAUUUCUAAAGACAUUUUUCAGAAAGUGAGAAACUUUAGAUUACAAUGUCUGGAGAAGUUGUAGUUGAUGCUCUACCUUACAUAGAUCAGGGAUAUGAUGAACCAGGUGUCAGAGAAGCGGCCCUUAGCAUGGUCGAUGAAGAAACAAGACGUUACAGACCAACCAAAAAUUAUCUAGAGCAUUUACCAGUAUUAAAUAUUGUUGCUUUUGAAACAGAUGUAUUAAAACACGAAUUUGAACGAUUACAAAGUCGCCAUCCUAUGGAAGUUUUAAGUAUGAAACGUUAUGAACUACCUCCACCACCACCAGGGAAAAUGAAUGAUCUUGCAGCAUGGAGUGAAAGCGUAGAAAACAGUUUUGCACAAUUAGAACAUCAAGCGACUCGAAUUUGCAAUUUAGAACUGAUGAUGAUCUAUGGCUGUGAAAUUUGGAAAGUAUAUUUAAAGGUAUUGGUGAAAUUAGUUGCAGGAGCUCAAAAACAAAUCCAAGCACUUAGAAAAAUGAUACAAGAAGUAAAUUGGCAAAGGAAGUCUAUGCAAACUCAGGGAGGAGAAAACUUACGAGCACUUGAAGCCGAAUGGGUAGGAUUAGUUUCAAAGAACUAUGAAAUAGAACAAGCUUGUGUUUACUUAGAAGAUGAAAUAAACAAAAUUACUAUACAAAGAGGAGGGCAUCUGGUAGAAAUAAAUGAAGUUCCUGGCGAAGAACAAGAAAACGUCUUACAUCAAAACUUAGAAUUAUAAUAAGACUGACAUUUUCAAAUAAUAAAUAAUAAAUAUGUUUUUUAUAGCUCAA